UCUUAAUCCGCACCCAAACUGCCUAUGUAAAAGUUGUAAUAUUCGUGCAGGCUUAGGAAAAACACCUCUGAAAAUUGUGAAAAGUUUACUAAAAUUUACAAAAAAAUACCCACAAUCAGCAGUCGCUUUGGGCGUUUCAUCAAUUUAUAACUAUGCCAGGCCUGCAUAUUAAAUAGUCAAGGAAUAGAGUGGAACAGCCGAGCAAGGACACACAUUACAAAUAAUGGAGUUACCGAGCAGGACGUGGUUGAUGCUGCUGCUCUGCAGCAUCCUGGGGCUGCUAUUGAUUGAUACAGUCAGUGCAUCCGAAGACGAAGAGCGCCUGGUGCGUGACCUCUUUCGAGGCUACAAUAAACUCAUACGACCCGUACAAAAUAUGACACAAAAAGUUGGAGUAAGAUUUGGUUUGGCGUUCGUACAGCUAAUCAAUGUCAAUGAGAAAAAUCAAAUUAUGAAAUCAAACGUUUGGUUACGUUUGGUUUGGUACGACUAUCAGCUACAGUGGGAUGAGGCUGACUACGGCGGUAUCGGGGUGCUGCGGCUGCCUCCGGAUAAGGUUUGGAAGCCGGACAUUGUGCUCUUCAAUAAUGCCGAUGGCAACUACGAGGUGCGCUACAAGUCGAACGUACUCAUCUAUCCCACGGGCGAAGUGCUCUGGGUGCCACCGGCGAUCUAUCAGAGCUCCUGCACUAUCGAUGUCACCUACUUCCCCUUCGAUCAGCAGACUUGCAUCAUGAAGUUCGGUUCCUGGACCUUCAAUGGCGAUCAAGUCUCACUGGCUCUCUAUAACAACAAGAACUUUGUGGAUCUGUCGGAUUAUUGGAAAUCGGGUACUUGGGAUAUUAUCGAAGUGCCCGCCUAUCUUAAUGUCUACGAGGGUGACAGCAAUCAUCCCACAGAGACGGACAUUACAUUUUACAUCAUCAUCAGACGUAAAACAUUGUUCUACACGGUCAACUUGAUUCUACCCACGGUGCUGAUUUCAUUCCUUUGCGUACUCGUCUUCUAUCUGCCCGCCGAGGCCGGCGAAAAGGUCACGCUGGGCAUUAGCAUUUUGCUGUCACUGGUUGUGUUCCUGUUGCUUGUGUCGAAGAUAUUGCCACCCACAUCGCUGGUGCUGCCGCUGAUCGCCAAGUAUCUGCUGUUCACCUUCAUCAUGAACACCGUCUCCAUUCUGGUCACCGUCAUCAUUAUCAAUUGGAAUUUCCGUGGCCCGCGCACACAUCGUAUGCCCAUGUGGAUACGCUCCGUCUUCCUCCAUUAUCUGCCCGCCUUCCUGUUCAUGAAGCGUCCGCGCAAGACACGCCUUCGCUGGAUGAUGGAAAUGCCCGGCAUGAGCAUGCCCGCACAUCCGCAUCCCUCAUACGGUUCUCCCGCCGAGUUGCCCAAGCAUAUCAGCGCAAUUGGUGGCAAGCAGUCAAAGAUGGAGGUCAUGGAGCUAUCGGAUCUGCAUCAUCCCAACUGCAAGAUCAAUCGAAAGGUGAACAGUGGUGCAGAGCUGGGACUGGGCGAUGGUUGUCGUCGUGAGAGUGAAUCCUCCGAUUCCAUUUUGCUCUCGCCGGAGGCCAGCAAAGCCACCGAGGCGGUGGAGUUCAUUGCCGAGCACUUGCGCAAUGAGGAUCUCUAUAUACAGACUCGCGAGGAUUGGAAGUAUGUGGCCAUGGUCAUCGAUCGUCUGCAGCUGUACAUCUUCUUCAUAGUGACCACAGCUGGCACCGUUGGCAUUCUUAUGGAUGCGCCACAUAUCUUCGAGUACGUCGAUCAAGAUCGGAUCAUCGAGAUCUAUCGUGGCAAGUAAACAAGUAAAAAAGAGUCGAAACUCUCACUCUCUCUUCCAAUUGGACAAAAACUAAACAAAAGGUUAAACAUUGCAAAAGGCAACAAUAAAAUAAAAUAAACGAAAAAAAUUUAAGCGGAUUUUUAGAUUUUAAUAAAUGACAAUUAGAAGAAAUGUCAAGGAAACAAAUAAAAAAAAUUGGCAAAUUGGCUAAUUCAAUCUUAGGACUAUAGCAACAAUUCAAGUUACAAACAAAAAAAAAACACAUAAACGCAAAUAAUUAUCCGACACAGAAAA